AUGACGCGCCUGGCUUCAGCCAACCGCCAUUUUCGCUCUGUCAGUUGCCCUUUGCUUGGCCGGGCAAGCCUUCAUGAACCGCAAGUGGCCACAGAUUAUCCUGAGCCAUCAACUGCACAGGGAUCCAACGCUGUCCUAAGCGACCCUGAGCAGGCUGCAAAUCAACCCGCGGAUUGCUUGAUUGUAUCCCCCGAUCUGAGUGAAUCAGCUUCUAGCCAAAAUGAGGUGACUUCAACCCGGAGUGUGAUGGAGCCUGGUGCGAGUGAUAUGGACCCCGUUCUGAGUGAGAUGAACCCUGGUCUGAGUGAGGUGGACCCUGAUCUGCAUGAGCCGAGCUCCGGCAUCAACAACCAGACGUCUAAUUUGAGUGAGUCAACAGCUGAGGUGAACAAGCCGACAGCCAAUGAAUCGCGCGCCGAUUCGAGUGAGCUCGAAGAAGGCGAGAUCCCGCCCACGCCCCCAGCAACCAAUAUUGCUCCCCGUCUGCCAAACCCCCGGCGGCCGAAGACCUCCAAUCCACGUUUCAGGGCCUCAAAUCCGUCACCUGAGCCCGGCCUGGGGCAGCCAGUGCCAUCGGCCGACACAUCCCGUCCGAAACAUCGCAAAACGACUGCAAGCCACCAAGUCCCAGCCGAGGGCAAUGAUAAGCCCAGCCGCAAAAGAAAGCGCCCCUCAUUUAUCGACACACCGGACAAUGAGUUCAGACCACCAAAAAUCAGCAAAACUAGCAACACCAAUAAAAAGCUCUGUACGGACCUCGGGCACGAGUUUGCUGGACUUGUCUCCGAAGCCACGGACAGUGUUGCUUUGAAUUUUGCUAAGAACAUUCUCCGACACCCUGUUCCAGACACGGUCUCGAAACGACUUGUGUACUUCAGUGAUGCGUCUCAGCGUGCCAUGUGUGGUGCCAUUGGUAUUGUCUGGCCAACAAGUCUGACCUCUUCCAAUUGGGAGGGGAAAGGCGCCUAUUAUCCAAUCAGCACCGACAAUACCGCGAUCCUCGAACUGUUUGGCAUUUGCUGUGCCCUGGAUCUAGCAAUCCAGGACAUCGAUAAGGAGCGAGCGAUUGUUCCAUCAACGCUCUCACGCACUAGCUCCCAAUCCCACACAAUGACCAAGGAGGUGCUUGUUUUUUCUGAUGAUGCUGAGGCACUUAAGCGCAUUCGGGGAGAGGGGCCCUACAACCCUGAAGACGAAGUGGGCAGUCAAAUGGAGGCAAUCAGUCGCCACUCCAAGACUCUGCACAGUAUGGGCGUCCAUAUUGAGCUCCAUUUGAGCCCGGGUCAUUCUGGGGUGCCAGGCAAUGUAGCAGCCGACGCAAUGGCCAAGAGGAACAUGUACGAGCUUUAUGUGCAGACUAAAACCUCUUGGCCAACAGCUGAAGCUAUCACGAGCCGGCCAAUUUACCCUGCCCCUAAGCCAGGGUCUUGUCUGUCUCGCACAGCUCGUGGGUCGCGUGGUGGUCGACCUGCUUUCCCUCCCUCCCGUCCCAUCAUCCCUUAA